GAGUUAAAUUUGAGUACGCGCGCGCCAUCCGGCGAUGAAUCUCAUUGAAAGAAGGAGGCUGUAAAGGCGGGGACGGAGAAAUAUGAGCGUAUCAGAAUUACCGACGAAAGAGGCUAAUGUCCUGAAAGGGCAUGAAGGUGGAGUUCUAGCUGCGAGGUUCAACAGCGAUGGCAAUUAUUGCCUCAGCUGUGGCAAGGACCGCACCAUUCGCCUCUGGAAUCCUCACCGUGGUAUUCACAUUAAGACCUACAAAUCACAUGGCCGUGAAGUCCGCGACGUCCAUGUCACCCCAGACAACUCCAAGUUAUGUUCAUGCGGCGGUGAUCGGCAAGUCUUCUACUGGGAUGUAUCUACAGGGCGUGUCAUUCGGAAAUUUCGGGGACAUGAUGGCGAGGUGAAUGCUGUGAAAUUUAAUGAGUAUGCUUCUGUCGUAGUCUCAGCCGGCUAUGAUCAAUCAUUGCGUGCUUGGGAUUGCAGAUCCCAUAGCACUGAGCCAAUUCAGAUCAUUGAUACAUUUUCAGACAGUGUAAUGUCUGUUUGCUUAACAAAAAGUGAAAUUAUUGGAGGAAGUGUUGAUGGCACUGUUCGAACUUUUGACAUGCGAAUUGGCAGAGAAAUAUCAGAUAACUUGGGGCAGCCUGUAAAUUGUAUCUCCAUGUCCAACGAUGCUAAUUGCGUAUUAGCUAGUUGCUUAGAUUCAACUCUCCGACUAUUGGACAGGUCUUCUGGUGAGCUAUUACAAGAAUACAAGGGCCAUACUUGUAAGUCUUACAAGCUGGAUUGCUGCCUUACCAAUACUGAUGCACAUGUAACUGGCGGAUCUGAGGAUGGAUACAUUUAUUUCUGGGAUUUAGUAGAUGCAUCUGUUGUCUCCAAGUUUCGAGCUCAUUCCUCUGUUGUGACGAGUGUGAGUUACCACCCGAAAGAUAAAUGUAUGAUAACUGCCUCGGUAGACGGGACGAUUCGGGUUUGGAAGACAUGAGGACCAAGAGUUCUGCAGAAUGCCAAUCGUAACCGAAACGUAAUAUCUGGUUGCUUUUUGACUGAUCAUCCAAACCCUCUCUAUGCCUCAAACUUAGUCCUUGAUGGGUAUCAGCUAAAGCUCAUAAACUUGUUUGUUGUCCAUUCCAAUUCCGAACUACGACGACGAAACCAUAUUGUUUUAUGACGUUUGUGCAACUCUCAUUCAUUGAAGUCUUUAUUCCUUUUA